GGGGAGAUUCCGGAACUGGAUGUGAAAGGACCUUUCUGUCUGCAGCUUCCCGGACCCAAUUAGAUGUUGUACCCAGUCUGGUUACCCUGGUAACAGGUGUCGCGGUUUGUCAAGGAACUGAGAGAGGAGACUUAAGAGGCCUAUUCACUUGAAUCAUGGAGUCAUCCUCAAAGGGUCUGCUCAGCCAAGUUACUCAAUUCUGGAACCUCCUAGAUGAUCUGGCUGAAAGCAAUCCUGAGAGCUAUGAGAAGUUCAUUCAACAGCAGUUGAAAGAGGGGAAACAGCUCUGUGCAGCCCCAGAACCACAGUUCUGUCUACAAACUAGGAUCCUGAAACCAAAAGAAAAAAUACUUUUUAUCAACCUAUGUGGGUGGAAAAGGAUCCCAGCUCCCCAGUCAACCACACAUCCAGUACCUCUAAGUAUUGGAAGACCAGAAGAUAUGUCUGAGGCAUCAGAUGUUUACACAGUCAUCGAUGUUGCCUAUAAUCCUGAUGUUCUCCAGGCAGCAGAAGAGGACCAAGUAAAAAAAGAUCAAUUAAUAUGGAUGGCCAUGAAAUGCAUUGAGGAACAACUUCAGUUCACUCUCUCACACUCUUACCAUAUCACCAAAUUUAGGAUAAAAGGAAGCAUUCAAAGGAUGAAACAAAAUCUGAUGAGAAUCCAAACUGACCCCACAGAUUUAAGAGAGAAAAUGAGAAAGGAACUAACCCUUGAACAGAUAAGAAGCAGUACUGUGAGCAACACAGAUCACUUUCCUCAACUUUUACUGCCAAAAAACCAAGUUUCAGGCAAAACAGGGUGUCUGAUACAAGAGAUGUCCAGUACAGAGAUCCAGGUGGAGAUGAAAAGACCAAUCUACGAAUUAAAAGUUGUGGUGGAUCAAAAUGAGAAACCUCUGAAAAUUGAAUUAAAAGUAGAAUUACCUGGUAUUAAUUCAGUAUCUCUCUGUGACCUUAGUGUUUCUGAGGAUGAUUUACUGAUCGAGGUCUCUGAGAAGUACAGAUUACAUCUGAAUCUUCCAGAAUCUGUGGAUACUGAAAUGACUACAGCAAAAUUUAUUAAAGAGAAAGCUACAUUAUUCGUCACGAUGCCACUUGUGUAAAUCAAGAGCAUCACGUGUUUUGGGUUUUCAGUGCUAAAGUCAUGGGAAUUAUAGGACCCUCAUUACGGGUGAAGAGGUAGUGGUUUAUCUUAAACACUAGUUUCAUAUUUUCUAAGAGUUCCUUUAGAUGGAAUGAGAUUUUUUUCAUCAGCUGUUUUUUUUUUUUAACUCACUCUUUCUCCUCAAAUAAACUUGGCAUCAGGCAGAAACUACUAAAGUCUUGCCAUGAUAUACUUGUUUUGAAGAUAUUUGUAAUGGUCUUAAGUAAUUUAAGUAUCAUUUGGGGAAUUUUGUUUCUAAGUAACUUGUGAGAAUUCCUGGUUUACUGGUUGAAAAAAAUUUUGUCUCGAGUAAAUUUUUGCAUUAGGAAUAA